CUUCAGACCUGUAAAUUUCCAUCAGUGUAGCUCAGUCAAUGGUAACAAUAGUGGAAGCUAUAGGGCAGAGAGGUCUCAGGUGUUUUAAGCAUUGUGCUAUCUAACCCUGUUCUGAAAGACAAGGUACCAGUGUGAAGCAUGGACUCUGUGUGUAGAAGAAGGUGGUACCUUCAGUUGGGCUGUAUAUUGAUAGUGAAUUUGGUUUAUGCCAAUCCAGAAUAUCAGAAAGAACUUCCUGGAAGCCUAGGUGAGAUUGACCAUCACUGCUGGGAGAGCUCCUCUCAUAGGCUGGUGGAAAUGAAGAAACUCAAGGUAGCAGAUGCUAUCAUUGCUCUCUGGGAUUUCAUGAUGUUCCUAAAAGAAUCACCAAAGGCCAAGCAUAAUGAACUCUUCAAUGACUUAGCCCAGAACUUCUGGGAUAUGUAUGUAGACUGUGUGCUUUCAAGGUCCCAUGGAAUGGGCAGAAGACAAUUACUAUCUCCCAACUAUUUUUCCACAUAUCCACAGAGAACCUCACAAGGGUCAGAUUUCUCAAAACAUCAGUUUUAGGCCAAAAUGGGAGAAAAAUGAAGAUACCUCAGCAAGAUGACAUCGAACUGAAGGAAAAGAGCCUGCUUAUCAAAAGCACAGCCUGUACUGUAGCUGCUUAUGAGAAAUGUUCCUUUGAUGGGUUUUGAGAUUUUGUUUUAUGCUGUAUGAGCACAUGAUAAUUGAUAAAUACUUCAAAUGUGUGUUACCAACAUGUUCCCCUUUCUUUAAAUGUACCAAGGUUGCCUUUCCCCACCACUGCACAUGUGAAUGCUUUAUGUAUUUUGAGUCAAUAUCUGUGUUCUCUCAGGUAAACCUAUCUGUUUAAACUAGUGUUAUAUUUUUGUAGACACUCAUCUUUCAAAUAAUUCUUUUUUAAAAUGUUAACUGCAAUGGAAACCCAAUAUAUUUUUAUACAUUAAACAACAGAGUUCAAUGGCAACAAGCAUAUUUUAUACAGUAUCUUGCAUAUGAAAUGGAUUUCAGUUUUAAGAUCUGCAAAAAAAAAGUACCAAUAUCAACCCAA